CCUGGCAGAGAGCUGGGCUUAUAGCAGCAGCUGGGCAGCCAGGGCGCUGGAGCGGUGAGUCACUGGGCAGCAUGCUGUGUGUGCUGCUUCUCCUGCCUGGUCUCCUGGGGGCUGCCUGUGGCAGCCCCAUCCUGGGCAUCUCGGGCCCCCCAGAGUGCGCUGGGGGCUCCGAGGUGUGGUGUCAGGACGUGGAGGCGGCCGUGAAGUGUGGGGCCCUGGGGCACUGUCAAGAGGCCAUCUGGAGCAGGCCCACUGCCAGGUCCCUGCACUGCGAAGUAUGCCAGGAUGUGGUGGCCGCUGCUGGCAAUGUGCCGAACCCGGAUGACACGAAGUCUGAAUUCCUGACGUUGCUGAUGAAGACCUGUGAGUGGCUGCCCAGCCGAGGGUCCUUAGCCAGAUGCAGGCAGAUGGUGGAUGCCCAUAGCCCGGCCGUCUUGAGCAUGCUCCGUGGGGCCCCAGGCGGCACCCCAGCACAGGUGUGCUCAGCACUCACCAUGUGUGAGCCGCUGCAGAGGGUCCUGGGCGCUCCGGGGAGGCCACUCACGCAGGACAGUGCCUUCAAUGUUGUGGCUCCCUUCCUGGCCAACGGGGCCCUCACUUUCCGUACCCCGCACCCAGCACCCGAGGAUGCCGUGUGCCAGAGCUGUGUUCGGCUGAUCUCCCGGCUCCAGGGCACCCUGGGGCCAGACCUGACACUGGCCGAAGUGAACACCCAGGAGCAGUGUGAGUCCCUGUCGCCCAGCCUGGCUCUGCUUUGCAAGAAGUAUAUCCACCAGCUCUUCGGCCCCAUGGAUCAGACGCUGAGGGCUCUCCCGCCUCGGGAGGUCUGCGGGAAGGGGGGCUUCUGCGAGGAGCUCUGGGGGCCGGCCCAGAGGCUGGCACACCUGGCUGCUGUGGACAGGGUCCCCUCCAUCGACCUGGGGCUGCCAAAGAUGCCAGGUGGGGUCCAGAUGCAGUCCGGCCUGACCUGCGAGGUAUGCCUGAGUGUCAUCAAGGAGAUGGACCAGUGGCUGUUGUCCAACGGCACCGAGAACUUCAUCACCCACUCCCUGGAGCGCGCGUGUGCCAUCAUGCCCCGCUCCAUCGUCCAGCAGUGUGUGGUCAUGGUGGACACCUACAGCCCCGCCUUGGUGGAGCUGGUCACCAGAAUCUCUCCAGAAAAAGUGUGCGAGACCAUCCGCCUGUGCAGCAGACGCCGGCGGGCCCGGUCCCUCUCCAGGGGGCUCCCAGUGACCACCGCACCCCCACCUCCACCGGUGCUGCUGGAUGAGGAGAACCAGGGCAGUUUCUGCUCCAGCUGCCAGCGGCUGUUCCGCCUGUCUUCCGCCAACCUGGAGCUCAAGAGCACCAAGCGGGACAUCCUGAGGGCCUUCAAGGGCGGGUGCAGCAUCCUGCCGCUGCCCUACAGGAUCGAGUGUGGCCGCUUCGUCACCGAGUACGAGCCCGUGUUCAUCCAGAGCCUCCAGGAGAUGAUAGACCCCCUGGCCGUGUGCAAGAAGGUGGGGGCCUGCCACACCCCGCGGACCCCGCUGCUGGGCACCGACCAGUGCGUGCUGGGCCCCAGCUUCUGGUGCCGCAGCCGGGAGGCUGCCGAGCUGUGCAACGCUGUGGAGCACUGCCAGCAGCAGCUGCGGAAGCAGAAGCACCAUGCCGGGAUGCAGCCCUGACCCCCUGCGGCUGCCAGGCCCCCAGCUGCCCCACAUCCCACGGGCAGCCUAGGAGGUGGGUGCCAUCCAUCCUGUUUCACAGGUGAGAAACUGAGGCUCCACGUAGGAGGCCGGGGAGGAACAGAGCCAGGCGCUUGCAGUCUGACAGGGCUCUGUGUGGACACCUCCACCUGGCCGCUUCGCCCUUGCAAAUGUCACCAGCAGAGCCAAGCAGCUGAAGGGCACCGUCUCACCCCAGCCUAGCCUGCUCUCCACACUGACACUGCUGACGGAUGGCCUGGGAAGCCCCACAGGGGCCUCGACGUGCCUUCCACCCCAGCCUGGGUGGACAGCCCAGCUGCCAGCCAGACAGGACCAGGGAGAAGGGCACAGGGCCACAAUGGUCAGCUGCAGUCCCUUUUCCCUGGCUCAGGUCAGGGGCUGGGUCUCAACCUGGGGAGGCCAGGAGGCUCCCAAGGGUGCAAGCCAGAUAUGGAUGCCUCUGGAUUUCUCUUUGGGGGAGUCUGGGGCUCUGUCCCGGUUCCCAAAGGGUAUUUCUGAUGUCUUGGCUCCCCAGGGGACCCUGUCCCUUCCUUUAGGCUCUCAGCUGCCCUGGUACAAUGAAAGUCUUAAGGUGGGGGUGCUUGGCAUGGGGAGAGCAAAGCAUGCUGGGUAACACCCUGGCAGCAGUCCCAGGGGUGUGGAGCGGCCGCUGAGGGUGAGAAGUGGCGAGGGCCAGUGAGACCCAUGCCCCAGAGACAGGCCCUUCCCCUACCAGAGCCUCAGUUUCUCAUCUGUAGAAUGGGAUGGUCACACUGUUCUCAUAGAUACACUGAGAUGAUUCAAGGAGAUGUCCCAAGCUUACUCCCUGGAGACCAGCACCCACUGGUCUGCCGGGACAAGCAGAGCCUAUCUCAGGGAGCCGAGGAUCCCGGGGAGUGUGGCUGUGCAAGUGUUCAUAAACCACAGGUGUGCUCUGAA